AUGGAAAAAGACACAGAAACUUGUGCUGACUUCUUGUAUCAUGCUAAAUUUUUUGAACAAGUAGCGCCAUUUCAACUACAGGACGAGGCUCAAGCUAUCUAUUUGCCAUCUCAGCGACGAUGGCCAACACAACAUCGACCACAGCUGCAGACAAGUUCAGAUACCGCUCAGAGUAAUCAACCACGAAAAGCCAUGAAAAGCCGUCAAUGA